AUGGCCGCCGCCGUCCACCAAAUGCACGAGUCGGGCUCUUCUCCGCAGAAGGAGAAACCGCGGCGAUUCCUUUUCGGCUCCCUUCACAUUGAGGUGAUUUUGCCAUAGACCCAUUGAUUAAUAUGAUUUUUAUUGACCACGAUUUUUUUGACUGGAUAAUCAUGAAUAAAUCAAUUUUAUGAAAAAGAUAUAAAACGAUAGUUUUUCUUAGGAUUUUGGAAAAAGAAAAUAUUUUUUUGAAAGAUUUUGUGUCCGUCUUGCUCCUGGUUACAUAUAGAAAGCUGGAGAAACUGGGAAAACUCUAGUGGCCACUCAAGGGCUUCCGGAAGAGAGGACACUAAAGUGGCCGCUAGAACCACCUCUAUAGAAACCACUAUUGUACAACUUAGUGACCACUAGAGUAGUCUAAUAGUACCACAUAGAUUUCUAACGAGGCAACGAGGCUAUUAAAUUGACCACUAUAGUGACCACUAAAACGUCAAAACUCUAAAGUGGCCACUAAAAAUGUUUCCAGGAAGGGCCUGUUAUUAAAGAUUUUCCUCUUGAAACACGCUGAUGCCUUCUUCAAAUAAAAUCCAAGCUUUUUUAAGAACCUUAGCGAAAAUUUUAGACAAAAAUGGCUCAAAACCCUUGUAGACCCAAAAGGGACACUGAAAAAGGCUCUUUGCCUUGAUAAUUCUAAUUACUGGGAAAAAUUUUAGGGGCCAUUAUAGAGUUUUGACGUUUUAGUGGCCACUAUAGUAGUCAAAUUAGUGGCCACUUAAGGGGUUGAAAAUUAGUGGUCACUGUAGAGGUCUAAGUGCUACUACUAGACUACUGAAAGUUUGAGUGGCCACUUUAGGGCUCAAUGGACCAACACAACUGGUCCAAUCUCUUUUUUUUUAAUUAUCAGAGUUACUGGAAGUAAUACUGGAUGUAAAACUACUGAAGUGGCCACUUAAUAGAUAACCUCUAUAGUGGCCACUAAAACGGAAAAUGGUGGUUACUAUAGAGAUGGGUUAAGUGGCCACUUCAGUGUGCUCUCCAAUUAGUCCUUGGCGAGCCUCUAUAGUGGCAACUACAAACUUUCCCAGUAAUUGAAGCCCUUCUUAUAACCGCAGCAAGGAAUUUCGAGAAAAAAAAAGAACAGUCUCGCUUUGCAGACGGCAAUGAAACUGUUGGCGGGAGUAGGAAUCCUAGUGAUCCUGGGACUCGUCGUCCUGCUCUACUUCAAGUUCCGAAAGGCCAUGUUCGUCCUUCUGCUGCCGACGUCGAUCAGCGCCCUCACCGUCGCCGCCAUCAUCAGCAAAAGGGAGAAGCUCGUCUGGCCCAUCAUCGCCAUUUCGGUGAGCUUCUUCUAGAAAUUAUUUUUUUAUUCAUGUGAAGCAACUGGAUUGAACUCAUUUUCACAAAAAAUAAUUUUUUUUGAACUGAAAUCGAGAGAAAAAAGACAAAAAUAUUGGAAUUUAUGAAUUACUGUACUUUAAAAAGUCUGCAAAAUUGCGUGCGAGCUCUCCGAGUGUAUGCACACUGUCUCGCCUAUUGCGUCAAAUAUACAAUUUUUUUUUUCCUGAAUGGUUUUUUUUUUCUCGGGGAUGUCCUUUUUCAUCUUCUCAUAAUUUUUUUUUUCUUUGAAAUCUCCAGUGGGAUGUGUACUGAAGACAAAUUGAUUGAGCUCGUACAUUUUAAAUAUUAACGAAUUUUCUUUUCAAAAAAUGAAUAAAUAGAAAAACUUAAACUGAAAACUUAUGUAGUUACAGAUGAGCUUCGAUUUUUGAAGAAGAGUUCAAAUUUUUUUAAAAUCUUUUGAUAAAAAAAUCGCAAAUCCAGAAAAAUUCAAAGGUAUGAUUGAAACAGUCUAACUUGUCUGCGCUCUCUUCCCUCACCAAAAAAAUUCGUAAAAAAAUAGAAAAAAACUAAAAAUAACAGCGUUGGAGAGAGAAAAGAGAGCGCAGACAAGACAGACAGUUCGAGUUUAGCGAAUGAAAAUAUUUAAAAUAUGUCUAUUUUUUUCUCUAUAUUUUUAACAAUCAGAGGAAGCUAGAAUUUGUAAAAAUUCAAUUACUACAGAUCUGAAAAAGAAGAUAAAACUUUUAAAAAUGCGCUUUUUAAUUUUUGAGAAAGAGUAUAUAGGCUUCAAGGCUCUUUUUUGCUUAAGUUUUCCAUUAAAUCAGUUUUUUUUUUAAAUUAGCAACAUAAAGUCAAUCCCGACGUUCCAAUCCCAACAUUCCAACCACCGGCGAUCGAAUCGAAUCGAGAAAUAACAACCAAAAACGGCAAUUACGUCGUCUUGGGCUAGCCAAUUUGAAACGAAUUGAAGCUUCUUGGCCGCCACAAAAGCCUGUUUUCUUUUUUUGUUUCGGCGCCUUCUUGACGUACUCUCCUUGAGAGACUAUGCUAAUUUUUCUUGCUUCUUCGAAAGAGGGAAAAUACAGGGGUCUUUGUAUAUAUUUCUGGUGGUUUGAUAUAAAAUUAAAGUAGAGAAGACCUUUAGAAGGACCUUCAGAAGGCCCCAGAAAGCUUUUUGAACAGACUUUUCUACCUUUUUAGCUUGAAAAUGAUCCAAUUUGAAUUGACCUGCAAAUGGCCUGAAAAUGAUCUGUUAAUGAAUUGAAAAUGACUUAAAAAAAUGGCAAUUUUUGGAAUUUUUUUCAUUCAAUUCAAUUUUUAACAAAAAUAAUUAUAUCUUACUUCUAAUUCGAUUCUGGAGAAUAAUAAAUAUGAAGCAAAGCGGUGAAAUUUCCAGAAUUACUAUACAAUUUUUUUCAUUUCGAAGCGCGUUGAAAUGAGAAAGACGCUUCAAACUCAGUUCAUCUGAAACUAGAAAAUCAAAAAAAAAAUUUUUAAGAGCGCCAUCUUACUUAAAACGGGCAAAGCGAAAGAAAUGCCCAAAAUAAACGCGCUGCGUCAUUGACGCCUCCCUACUCGCCUCUGCCUCCUUUCUCUAGACCUUGCGUCAAACCGCCCCGAGUCGGGACACCCUGAGACACAAGUACCCCUCCCAACCUCUUUCCAGUAUCGCUUCUCGGCCUAUUGGCUAAGAUCAGUUUGUAGUUACCGUUCUUAUCGUAUUAACCUACGAUAUGAGCUCAUCGAGCUCUGUAUAGGUUAUUCCAUUUUUGGAGCCGAAGACGGGUCCGGAGCUUGCUCCGACCGUCUGAGGGUCGUUCCGGCGUUUCACUGCUGUCGGACUCGGCCCAGACCUCGAGAGGGUCAAAAAGAAAUUUCAAGUCGAGAAAUACCAAGUUCGUAUACGUUUCAUUCAGGCUAGUUGAGUUCAGAUUUUCUUUUUCGUACGUUAUAGAGCUAGGAUCUUUCAUUGUAAACGUGACGGAAAAUAAGAAAUAAGUCAAAUAAAACGUACCAUAUCAAAGCGUUAACAUAUAGAUCUCUAAAAAAAAAAUUAAUUUUUCACAAACCUUCUUUUCAGAUGUUCCACAUGAUCCUGGCCUCUUACGCCUUGAUCAUCUUCUCAUUCUACUUUAUUUUCAAGCCCUUCUACAUUAUUAUGGUGCUUAAUUGGGCGUUUGACAGUGAGUUUUUCUGUCAUGAUCGUUUUCAACUUGCAAUCUUUUUAAUAGAGAGUCAAAUGGUCGAUUUUUACAAAUUUUUAUAAACUCAGGAUGAAUCUUUCAUUUUUCUCAAGCUUUACUAUGAAUUUUUGUCUUCUUGACGCUCUGAAUAAGAAAAAUGAUUGGAUAACUAUUCUUCUUCAGAAAAAAAAAUUAAAUUUCAGCCCUUCACACGGACAAGACGCCGUCGUACUACAUACAGUGCACUGGAAUCUUUGUAUUUUUGUUCAGUUUUAUCAGUUUCAAUCUGUGGCAAGCCCAUGUCGCCGUUCACUUCAAGGUGAGCUCCAUUUGAUUUUUGAGAUUUUGAAAAUGGAUAUUUUCAAGUAUUAAUGAGAAAAACGAACAAUUAUAGCUUUUUUCAAAUUUUUUGAGACCAAUUUGAGAAAAAAUUCAGAAGUUAGUGGACAUUUUUCACUUGAAAAAAAAUCCUCAUUGAUUUUUUAUCUGAUUUUAUUUUUUUAUGUGAGAAAAUGUUUUUUCAUAGAUCAAUUUCAAGGUAGAAAAGUAGCCUCACAGUUUUUUUAAAUUGUUCGAAGAAGCAUAUUUUUAAGGAAACCCCUUAAUUUUUGAGGGUCACUUAAAAAAAAAUUUUUUCUCAAAAUUUAGAAUUUUUCUCCACACUGAGAGCUUUUUUUCUUAAAAAAAACGAAAAAAAUUGAAAAAAAGUAUUAAAAAAACGUGAAAUUCCCACGCCAAUCCUAACAUGAGCAACACUCAGGACCACGUCGACACGAAAGCCCCGCCCCGUUCUCACCAACCCACCGUCCUCGUCGUCAACAAACAAGCCAUGUUUUGA